UUCAUGACAUUACAACGCGUAUAACCUAAAAUAUAUUAAAAUUUAACAAAACAAAAGCCAAAAUAUACAUUUACAAACAUGUUAUUCUUAUAUUUAAUGAGUCUUCUGGCUCUAGUCAUCCAGGCGGUGUUCGUAACAUUAGCUAUUGCUGCAGGCCUGUACUACUUGGCUGAGCUGGUGGAAGAGUACACAGUCAUGGCCAAAUAUAUAAUUACAUGGACAGUUAUUAUCACAGCAUCAUUACACAUAGGACUGAUAAUAUUUGAAGAUAUACCACUCCACCUGAAUAUCCUGGGACUUGUGCAGCAAUCGUUACAUGGUGUGCUGCUGAGGCAGUUCCCAGUGGUGAGGGUGACGAGCGCCACCUUCAUAGCUGCGGUGGUGGUGUUGGUGACUCAUCAUUACUUCGCCUUCCAAUUCUUCGGCGCUGUAUACUUCAGUUUCUCAGAGGUGCUGUCCUACUUCACGCUAUGCCUGUGGGUGGUGCCGUUUGCGCUGUUCGUGUCUCUGUCUGCAAAUGAUUACGUUCUCCCCACUACCGGUACCGAGAAACAACCGUUACUUGGUGAUAACAACGUGGUCACAGAUUACCUAUCACGCAAGUCGAAACGGUACAGUCUGCUGUCAUUCUUCAGUUUCGCCAAAGAAUCCAUACUGCCUCAGAGAACCAAGAAAGCGUUCUAAGUAUUAAAAUUGUGUGAAGACAAAUACUCAAUGUACAUAAAUAGGUAAGGUUUUAUACGUAAAAUACAGGCUGGAAAGACGACGGAGACCGUAGAGAAAAUGAUAAGCUUAGUGUUGCCAACAUAAAAAAAACUGCCAACUUUAAUAAAAAAUAAAAUUAAAUUUCCGGACAAUUCACACCGUAUAUAUAAAAUAUUUUUAAAGGAUGAUAAUAGAAUGGUACACCCGCCUGCGCUAACGAUUUACGCUGGCAAGGCACCAGUGGAGGAUGAUAGGACGUGCAUGAGGUCAGGUCAGUUGGCCCGUCGUGACAGAUUCAUCAGGAAUUUAUCACGUUUGUUUCCAGGGUAGCCGCGUGGUGGUCAACCUGACUUAAUAGUUCACAUUGUUAACAAUAUCUUUCUCCCUAUCUAGUCCCAAGUUAGGCUGAGCUUGUCUUAUUACUGUAUAGAGGUACAGUAAUGUAGCUCUGAUUAGUUUGGGACUAGAUGGCGCUGUGUGAAUUGUCCUGAGAUAUUA